CAAGAGCCUUGGCUCUGCGUUGAAAAACUGCGGUGCUGCCUGAAAGACUGUGAGAUGACAAUAGGGAAAAUGGAGAACGUGGAGGUCUUCACUGCUGAAGGCAAAGGCAGGGGUCUGAAGGCCACUAAGGAGUUCUGGGCCUCGGAUGUCAUCUUUGCUGAGAGGGCUUAUUCUGCAGUGGUUUUCGACAGCCUCAUUAACUUUGUGUGCCACACCUGCUUCAAGAGGCAGGAGAAGCUCCAUCACUGUGGGCAGUGCAAGUUUGCCCGUUACUGUGACCGCACCUGCCAGAAGGACGCUUGGCUGAACCACAAAAACGAGUGUUUGGCCAUCAAGAGACAUGGGAAGGUACCCAAUGAAAACAUCAGGCUGGCUGCACGCAUCAUGUGGCGGGUGGAGAGAGAGGGCACUGGGCUCACAGAGGGCUGCCUGGUCUCUGUGGACGACCUGCAGAACCAUGUGGAGAACUUCGGGGAAGAGGAGCAGAAGCAGCUGAGAGUGGACAUGGACACCUUCUUGCAGUACUGGCUGCCCCAGAGCCAGCAGUUCAGCGUGCAGUAUAUCUCACACAUCUUUGGCGUGAUUAACUGCAAUGGCUUCACGCUCAGUGAUCAGAGAGGCCUACAGGCAGUGGGCGUGGGCAUCUUCCCCAACCUGGGUCUGGUGAACCACGACUGUUGGCCCAACUGCACCGUCAUAUUUAACAAUGGCAAUCAUGAGGCAGUGAAAUCCAUGUUUCACACCCAGAUGAGAAUUGAGCUCCGGGCCCUGGGCAAGAUCUCAGAAGGAGAAGAGCUGACGGUAUCCUAUAUUGACUUCCUUAAUGUCAGUGAAGAACGCAAGAAGCAACUGAAGAAGCAGUACUACUUUGACUGCACGUGUGAGCACUGCCAGAAAGGGCUGAAGGAUGACCUUUUCCUGGGGGUGAAAGAUGACCCAAAGCCCUCUCAGGAUGCGGUGAAGGAGAUGAUACAGUGCUCCAAGGAAACACUCGAAAAAAUUGACAAGGCUCGCUCUGAGGGCUUGUACCAUGAGGUUGUGAAAUUAUGCCGGGAGUGCCUGCAGAAGCAGGAGUCGGUGUUUUCUGACACCAACAUCUACACGCUGAGGAUGCUGAGCACUGUGUCAGAGGUCCUCUCCUACCUCCAGGCGUUCGAGGAAGCCUCACACUACGCCAGCAGGAUGGUGGAUGGCUAUAUGAAGCUCUACCACUCCAACAAUGCCCAACUGGGCAUGGCCGUGAUGCGGGCGGGGCUGACCAACUGGCAUGCUGGUAACAUCGAGGUGGGGCACGGUAUGAUCUGCAAAGCCUAUGCCAUUCUCCUGGUGACACACGGGCCCACCCACCCAAUUACCAAGGACUUAGAGGCCAUGCGGGUGCAGACGGAGAUGGAGCUGCGCCUGUUCCGCCAGAACGAGUUCAUGUACCACAAGAUGCGUGAGGCUGCCUUGAACAACCAGCCCAUGCAGGUCAUGGCUGAGCCCAGCAGUGAGCCAACACCAUCUCUGUUCCAUAAGAAGCAAUGAGGACCUGCCUGGUGGAGGGGGCACUGUGGCUGGGGGACUGGGGAGACAUUUUGGAGGUAGUAGGGUUCUGGGGAGACCCUUGAUGAGGAAGUCAGAGUAAUGCUCAACCUUGUUGCUAUGGGAAUGCACUGCUCUGUGUUCCCCUGUGUCCUUUUGGUUAAUUUCAACUCAGUUUAAUUUAAUCAACUCAUUCUAUAGCUCCACUCAUCCUACCAAUAUUUAUUGGAUAGUGGACCUGAGAGAGAAAGAAGCUCCAAAAGUAGCUGGGGAGGCAAAAUGUAAAUAAACAGAGCACUGUGUAAUAACAAAUGCAAUGGUAAACAAUAUAGAGAGAGGGCAGUAGAAGGCAUGGCUGGUGUGUGUGCGUGUGUGUGUGUAAUGCAGCAUGGCAUAUCACGGAGGGGAUGACAUCUGAGCUGAGGGGGCAGGUGCUUGAAGUCUCAGGGGGCUGCUCACCCAUCUGUGCAGGUAUCUCUGGGCUGCUCUCACCCAUGGUCUGGAAUAUCCAGGAUUUGGCAGACUGGGUUGGGUGAUGUCUAGUUUCUUUAGGUAGGUGUGGAGUUAUGAAAAAGUGGCUGUGUUGGCUGUUUAGGUUCUACCCAGAGAAUUGAAACCUCUUCAGAAUGGUGCAUAUGCAGGGUGAGAUGUGGGCUUGAGGCCUCUUUUUAAAGUCUGGUUUCCAAGUAUUCUGAAACAUUUUCUAAAACACAGGGAGGGAAUAUCUCCUUUCCCCAACCUCACCGCCAAGCCUUGUGAUUCCCUAGGACAAUAUCUGAGAUUUUUCUGGCCAUUGGCCUGUUAGGAUUUAAAUCUUUUCAGGGUGAAGCUGAGGGAGAAACUUGGAAACACAUAUAUCUGAUGAUCUCAGGUCCAGUAGAAUUGGCCUUCGUGGGUUUUAUUUGAUUACAUCUUUAUCAUCUUUACAUCUUCAUUACUACCACUCCCUGUCCCAGUGAAUCUCUAUUCUUAGUAAUAAACAAUUAUGGCUUGCCUUGCUUAAUUUAUUUUACUGUCCAUGUGCUGGGCCCUGCUCUUCUCAUAAAAGGGAACAUCUAAUCUGGACUCUUCACAUCUGGGGUAGGAUCUCUUUGGGGGUGUGACCAACUUGCCUUCAUUUUCUGGAAGGCCGCUUGGUUUCCACACAAGAACAGGAAUUAAUGAAUCUAACUCUGUUAUUUUUCUGGGAUUUCAAACCUCUCACCAAUGUUUUGGGGAUCCUGGAGCAGAGCCAUCCUUUUAGGGGAAUCACCAAGUCUCCUCCACCUGGGGCCUCCUUUGACCCCAGAACUCUAGCUAACAAGUGAUGCUCCGAGGCCCAAUAUUAGUCAUUUCUGCCUGAAGUGUUAGCUUCUCCAGUCCCACCCUUUCAUCUUCAGAAUGACCUGCCACCUCCCUGUGCUCCGUCCAAAUGGCUCUGCAAGUGUGCCAAAGACUUUCUCUGAAAACUUGGCAAGCGUGCCACCUCUUUGCAGAACACUCGUGUUGGUAUUCAGCUCUUCUUUGAGGAUACCUGUUCUUCAGAAGCCUUCACAGGAAGUCUGACAGUUCUGCCAAGCCUCUACUACAGGCCUGGAGGUGGCACCAGCAUCCUCCUGGGGACAAAACUGGCACAGUCAAAUGACCACUCUUCCACUCAUAUAAAACCUCCCCCAAGCUGUCUUUCCUCCUUUGUCACUGUUGUUUGGUCAUUCCCCAUAUCAUGAUCCCAUUUUCCAUCCCCUCUUCCUCAUACUUAGCGUCUUCUGUGUCCCCUUGACAAAGCAUCUAACCCUCAUGUCUCACAGAUUUUUUAAUUUACUCAUUCCUAUUUUUUUCAUUAAUACUCUCUUCUGACCACACCCUGGGCGCUGUCAUCACCCAUCACUUCUCCAUUUUUAAAGUCUAACUUUCUGGUUAUUGCUCCUACCCUUUCUCUUUCUCAGUCCCUUUUUUCUACCCCAGACUACUCUAUGAUGUCAUGUGUUUCACCCUCCUCCUGUCUUCACUUCCUUCCAGCUCAGCUGGUCCUCUAACCCUCCUUCCUUUUUGCACAUUCUCCCUUCCUGCUGGACAGAGUCCCAACCCUGGGUUAAUUCAAGUGUCUUGUUCUUCCUCUUCUGUACCUGGAAAUGUGAGCUCAGCCAGGAAAAGAGCAUGGCCUUUCUGAGCACAGGUGCCUCUGUGGGCUCGCUUCUCCUCUCCAACUUCAGCUGGCUUUUGGGUUCAGCUUAGAAGUGCUUCAUGUGCCACUGAUUGGCUCUCCUUCCCUUUUGUCAAAAAGCUAUUUUAGUCCUUCAGCCCUGCUCUCAAAUCCUCUGCUUUUGGCAUCUCACCUCCUGCUUCAUGGAGAAAAUGGAGGCCAGAACAUGGGAUUCCCUCAGUUUCCCCUCCCUGUAUUCACACUCGUCAUGUCUGCACCCAUCCUUCCCUCCCCUUUCCUCCUCCACCUGUACUCUGGACUCCUUUCUCCUCUACAUCCUUGGGGCCUUGCUUCACUUAUUGCUUCUUCUCCACCCUGGGUCCUCGACAUUUCUCUGUUCUCUGGCUUCUUCAGUGCAGUCAGCAAAUGUGCCAGGGCUAAUCUUCAAUCAUAACCUUCACAGCUGAGUAUUAUUUUAAAGGACUUGUCUCUCAUAGUUAUUAUCUUCUUUUCUUCACUUUUCACUUCUUCCUGAAAACACUGCAGGCUGGUUUCCUGAACUCCACUAAAAUAGAUUUUACCAAGGUCAACUCUAGUGAGUACUUUUUAGGCUUUACAUCAUUUGGCAUCUCUGCAUUAGCUGACAGUUCCAGAACUUGAUUUCUGCAACACCAUUUCCUUGUGAUGAUCCUUUGAUGUGGUUACUCAGUCUUCUCUAUCCUUGUUCUCUGCAUACCAUGACAUGUGGGUAUUUCCUAUAGCUGGCUUCAUUUAUUCUGGUUACUCUUAGUUUAUUUUCAUCUCAGUCUGCACACACGCUCUGCAUGAGCUCAGCAGGCCCUUGGUUUGUUCACCACCUUGAGUCUGAUAUUCUUAAAUUCAUAUUUCCCAAUCUUGUCCUUGAGCUCCAGCCUCACACACCCCCUUGAACGUUCUACAGGUACAUCGAACUCACCACACUCAAAAUAAAACUUUCUCUUUCCUUUCUCUUCUCUCCAGCUCUUCCUCCUUAGCACACUACCUGAGAACCCCGGACUUCUUCUGUUGAAUCCUAGGUUUCAGUGAAAUCCACUCACUUACAGGUCCUGAGUGACCCAUGUUCUCCUGCCUUUCUUUGAGUUUUCUAUAUCUAAAACACCUAAAACCUGCCAACUUUUAUUUAUUUUUCAGUGUUCGGUUUGGAAAUCACCCCCUCUGUGAAGCCGUCCCCAAAUGCCUUUGAUUCAGCUGGCUACCUGUCUGGGUCUCUCUCUCUCAUAUUACCCUAGAAUCUCCCAUUAUAACUCUCUCCUUAUGGCAUAAUAAUUGCCUUUUUAGUUGCCUGCCCCCUCCAUUAGAUUGUGAGCUCCUGGAGGACAGGAGCUGUGCCCCUUUAUUCAUCCGUCUUUGUAUCUCCAGAACCUCGUACAGGUUCUGAAAUAUAGUAGGUGCUCAGUAACUGUGUUGAAUGAAUGAGUGAAUGAGUAAAUGAAUGAAUUUGCUUAUUUCAGAGCAGAAGAGACAUGAACUGUGUAUUUUGAGUUUUUAUGUUAUAGCCAUCAACAAAGGCCAUUAAAUCCACUGUUUCCAAACAAA